CUUUUGGCUUUGUGGUUACCACACUGUUUGGAAGGGGUGCAGAAUCAAAGUUGAACAGGACUCCCCACAAUUAGUGCAGAGAGUGGGGUUUGGCCUGGACAGAGUAGGAGUGCUGUUCUGGGCUCCUGCUUUGGUGGGUUGGAGGUGCCAUCACUAAGCAGCACUGCUCAUCCACACCCUUCCUGGGAAUGUUGGUAGCAGGUGUAAGCAAGGUCCCAGGCUGUUGCCAGCUGGCUCACUCUCCUGGAUAGCAGGUUCAGGUGCAUGUUCUAUCCUUAAAUCAGAUUGCAGAGUGUGUGAGUAGGCAGGCCAAGCAGAUCACAGCUAUCAAUGUGCCCUGGAUCGAGGGGAGGCACAGAGUGCACAGCCUGUGCAGUCAUGUCAGAGCCCCUUCAGUUUAUUCUGUUCUUAUUUUGGGUGUAGCAUCUACAUGGUACUGGCUCUGCCCUGUCCAGGUGUGGGCUCUGUUCCAUUUCACUUAGGGCAAGGGAAACUCCUUGGUGCUUUGUUCUUGCCGGUUUUACUCCAGCUAUCAGUACUGCUCUUGCAGCUUCCUAGAGCUCUGCUAUUGUUCUUCCAUCCUGGAUCAGCAUCCCAAACAAAGACACCGAGGGCAGCUCUGGCAACCUGGAUGACUGAUGUUUGUUUUUUAGUGACUGUUACACUGGAGGAAAGUGUUCCCUGGACACUCCCAGAGACAACUAUAUCACCAGAGCAGAAUCCACAAGUCAAAUGGGUGUUUUGUACUAUUUCUGAACCCUGCAGAUUGCCUUGGGACCCCCCCCUCCGUCCUGCUGCAAUGAGUGGGAAGUCCUUGCUCCUGAAGGUCAUUCUCCUCGGGGAUGGUGGAGUUGGGAAGAGCUCCCUCAUGAACCGCUACGUCACCAACAAGUUUGACUCGCAGGCGUUCCACACGAUCGGGGUGGAGUUCCUGAACCGGGACCUGGAGGUGGACGGGCGUUUUGUGACCCUCCAGAUCUGGGACACGGCGGGACAGGAGCGGUUCAAGAGCCUGCGGACGCCCUUUUACCGGGGGGCAGAUUGCUGCCUGCUGACCUUCAGCGUGGACGACCGGCAGAGCUUCGAGAACCUCAGUAACUGGCAGAAGGAGUUUGUCUAUUAUGCUGACGUGAAGGACCCCGAACACUUCCCGUUUGUAGUCCUGGGCAACAAAAUAGACAAACUGGAGAGACAGGUGAGCACGGAGGAGGCCCGGGCCUGGUGCAUGGAGAACGGUAACUAUCCGUACCUGGAGACUAGUGCCAAGGACGACACCAAUGUGACAGUGGCCUUUGAGGAAGCUGUGCGACAGGUGCUGGCGGUGGAGGAGCAGCUGGAGCACUGCAUGCUGGGCCACACCGUUGACCUGCACUCCAGCUCCAAAUCGGGGUCUUCCUGUUGUUAAGAGUGGCUGCUGCUUCGGGAACACCGCUGGAGCCAGCGGCUGGAUGGGAACACGCGUGGGCAGCCCUGGGGCACUCUGAGGAGAGUGGCCACGAGGACAAUAAGUGGUUUGUGCUCACUGGGGAGUUGCAGCCUCACCGUCUGAAUCCUGCCUGGAGUUCUCAGGCACAGAGCAUGUAUCCGCAGGAGGGAGCUGUUUAACAGAGCAUGUGAGCGUAGUCUUGCUUCCAUCUCUGCCUGUUUUAGCAGGUUUAAAGGACUGGGUUAAAGUCCUUUAAAUUCACUAAAGACAGUAGUGAUCUGUUCUGUACCAAGAACUGCCUGCAGAGCAAAGCUGAGAGCACUCUGAAGUAUUUUAGUCCUGAACUCAAAAAAAAUACUAGACCCACUCAUGACCAUACUGCCAAAGGAAAGCCUGCUCAGCAUCCUGAAAAAACUUGUUGUAAAGACUCUGGCCCAUGUGACUGUGAAAAAGCCAAAUACUGGAGAGGCUGGGGUGUGUGUAUCUGUUGUUUGGGAUAAGUGCAUUGUGUCCUGAGACUGACUUGUGAUGAGAAUUGUUAGAGCUCUGAUCUGGAGCAAUAUAUGAAGGAGAGAUGGGCCUGUGUUUGAA